GGUACUCGUAAAAAUUCCCCCCAUAGAACAAUCAGUCUGUGAAGAAUUUUCUCUGUGAGUGGGUGACAUUUUUUUCUCUGCCGUGAAAGAUGCAUUUCAGAGAUUUGAAGAUGCUGCACCCAAAAUUCCCGAAGAAGCUUCUUUGCUUUGAGUUGAAGAUUGGGGCCAUUGUUACUGGCUGGUUCCAUCUACUAUUGUCUAUUUUGGGGAUCAUCUUCACGCUGAUUAUUCUCUUCAAUCAUGAGCUGUACCUAAAGACGCUCAAGUCCUUCGCGGAGGCCUACAAUGAGACCUCCUUUGUCAUGAUGGAGGAUCAAGAGGGGGAUAAGGAUGUGAUGGAGUUGGCACUGAAGCUGACUCUGGGCUUCUAUCUCUUCAUCAGCAUUGUGAACUUUGUGGCUGCAACACUUCUCAUUCAUGGAACCAUGAAGGAGAACCACCUGUUCCUCCUGCCAUGGCUCACAUCUGAAGUUCUGGGGAUGUUCAUCAUGCUGUGUGCGAUGUUCGUCAGUUGCCCAUACCUCAUUGUUGUGAUCAUUGCUCGCGUGUACAUCUGGUACUGCAUUUGGGCCUUCUAUCGGGACCUUAAGAGGAACAAAAACACCUCAGGAUACCCAAUUGAGGCCCCAUCAGCUGCUUAUGGAUCUGACGGGCUACACACUACAAAGCCACCAUCCUAUGGGGAUGUAGUUACAUUCAAGUAGCCCCUGGAAAUCAUCUCGUAGUGAGACUUUUAGCUGAAAAUUAUGUUCAGCGCAUAAAUCUGUUCCAAAUGUUGGUGGAAAUCAAUAAAAUGUGCUUGAACAUUGAAAAA